CGGGCUCUUCCUCCCCCUCCUCCUCCUCCUCCUCCUCGCUGGGAAGCGGCUGCUGCAGCGGCAGAGCCAGCCGUGACGGCCGCGCUCCCCGGGCAAGAGGCAGGCGGAGCCCCCAGAAGUGGAACACAGUUUCCAGGCUAAACAACGAAAUACGCUUAAGCCAUGGAGUCCAACCAGGAAUCCUCCCUCUUCCUGGUGAAGAUCUUGGAGGAGCUGGACACGAAGCAGAAUACUGUUUCUUACCAGGACCUCUGCAAGUCCCUGUGUGCGAGGUUUGAUUUAUCCCAGUUGGCCAAGCUCAGAAGCGUGCUGUUUUACACCGCUUGCCUGGAUCCUAAUUUUCCAGCAACUUUGUUCAAAGACAAAAUGAGAUGCACUGUAAACAAUCAGCAAUCAAAGAAAAUCAUGGUUGCAGCAGAUAUAGUAACAAUAUUCAACCUCAUACAAAUGAACGGAGGAGUGGCCAAGGAGAAACUUCCAGUUGCAAGGCAGAAAGUGAAGAAGAAAGAGUCCUUCGAGUCCUGUAGGUCUGACACAGAAAUCUGCAAUAUGGCAGACUGCGUGCCCAACUGUGAGCUGAACGACCAGGAGUUUAACCGGGGCUUUCCAGUCAGAAGGUCUUCAAAAUGCAGAAAGAUGGACUGCAAAGACUGUCAACAGUUUGUCCCCUCGUCAGAACCCAACUUUUUACUUGGUGUUAAUAAGGAGAUGAAGGGUCGGGCUGCCUCUCUGGACAGGCUGCAGGCGCUGGCGUCCUACUCCAUCGCCACAUCUCCACCAUGUGAGAUGCAGAGUACAUACUUCCCCAUGAACAUUGAAAAUGAAUCUAUUUCAGACCAGGACUCCUUGCCUAUAAGUGCAGGCAUAAAAGAAACUUUCAUUUCAAAUGACGAGCCGUUUGUGAUGCAGUCGUGUGUUCAGAAAAGAAAUAUUUUCAAAGAAGAUUUUCAUAAUCUGAUUACAAUAUCACCCAACUUAAUACCAUCCAACAAAAAGCCAGAAGAUGGACACAGAGAGCCUCAGAACAGGAAAGAAAGCUCUAAGCAAGCUUUCUUCAACCACAGCUUUGAAAUGCCAUACAGCAGCCAGUACUUGAAUCCAGUUUAUUCGCCUAUACCAGACAAAAGACGAGUGAAACAUGAAAGUUUAGAUGAUCUUCAAGCUUCAACAUAUUUUGGCCCAACUACUAUUCUCGGGCCCCAGGACACCAAAAAAUGGACUGGAAAGCCAACCAAGCAAACUGCCUGGCCAGCUAAAAGCUGGAGUUUAAAUACUGAGGAGGUACCUGACUUUGAACGAUCAUUUUUUAAUAGGAAGCAGCCUGAAGAGAAGCCGCGAUACCAGAGUUCGAACAACCCAUCUCCAAACUUUCCUUCAGCUGACAGGCAUCAGUCCUACCUAAAUGUGAAGGAUCAGCAACAAAUUAUGCAGGCAAACUACGCUGUGAAACCAAAUGGGCAUAAACCCAAGGAAAUUCCUUCCAUUCUAGAUGUGGAGAAACAUGAGCCAGUCAAAAAGUUUAAGGAUAAAAGCAUUAAUUGCACUUCUGUUCAGAUCUUAAGCAUUGACAGGACCACGAGUGUUGGGACGCAAACGGAGCAGCAAAUGCUGGACCACAAGAAAUGCAAGGAUUUGUGUGCGGGGGGGCAAGCCAAGUACGGAGAGCGGCACUCUCUUAAGCAGUCGGAUGAUGACUCUGAAAUCGUCAGUGAUGACAUCAGUGACAUUUUCCGGUUUUUGGAUGACAUGAGUAUUAGCGGGUCCACAGGAGUGAUGCAAUCUUCGUGCUACAACAGCACUGGUUCUUUGUCUCAGGUGCAUAAAUCAGACUGUGAGAGCUCACCUGAGCACAAUUUGACUAAAAUCUCCAAUGGGAGUGCCUGUAACAAAUUGGAUAAAGUGGUCCGGGCAGAUAUCAGUAAUACAGAUGAUGAACUAAAAACGAGUGUCUGCAAAUUAGUUUUGAGGAUUGGUGAAAUAGAGAAGAAACUGGAAUCUCUCUCAGGUGUCCGAGAAGAAAUCUCCCAAGUCCUGGGAAAAUUAAGCAAAUUGGAUCAAAAAAUUCAGCAGCCAGAGAAGGUCAGUGUACAGAUAGAUCUCAAUUCUUUAACAAGUGAGGCUGCAUCAGAUGAGAGUAACUCCCCGCAGAUAUUUCAGUGCCACAAUACUCCUCAUGGAGGCAAACUGGAGAAUAAUCCAGAAUGGUGCUGUUCAGAUGCCAGUGGAAGUAAUAGUGAGAGUCUUCGAGUAAAAGCCUUAAAAAAAAGUUUGUUUACUAGGAGGUCAUCAAGGUCAUUAACAGAAGAAAACAGUGCAACUGAAUCCAAAAUAGCAAGUAUUUCAAACUCUCCCCGAGACUGGAGAGCUAUUACUUACACCAACCAGGUUGGCAUUACGGAAGAGGAGAUGAAAGAAAGAGAUGGAGGAGAAAAUAAGGACUGGCACAGGAAAUCUAAAGAGGCAGACAGGCAGUACGAAAUCCCACAGCCACAUAGACUCUCUAAACAACCAAAAGAUGCUUUCUUGAUUGAACAAGUCUUUAGUCCUCAUCCCUACCCUGCAUCACUCAAGUCACACAUGAAAAGCAACCCGCUCUACACAGACAUGAGGUUGACAGAGCUGGCCGAAGUGAAACGCGCCCAGCCAUCAUGGACCAUAGAGGAAUACACGAGGAAUUCGGGGGAUAAAGGCAAGAUUGCUGCAUUGGAUUUACAAACUCAAGAAUCUUUAAACCCAAACAACUUAGAAUACUGGAUGGAAGACAUUUAUACUCCUGGCUAUGAUUCCUUAUUAAAACGCAAAGAAGCCGAGUUCAGAAGAGCAAAGGUUUGCAAGAUAGCUGCCCUGAUAGCAGCGGCAGCUUGUACGGUUAUUCUGGUCAUUGUAGUUCCCAUUUGUACAAUGAAAUCCUGAACCUGCGGACAGACCCAUGACUCCCAGCUGUGUGUAUCUCAGAUAGCUCACGCUGUGUUUCAGACGUCUGAUGGCAAAACUGUAAGGAAUUCGCUAAGGAAGAAUGUUCUGAGGAUAUCCUGAUGGAGAAUGCUGUAAACGUAGGCAAAACACAAAACAACUAGAGAAACAUUUUUUUUUUGAAAAGUAUUAUUUUAAAUAACAGACUGUGUGGCAGAGUUAAUGGGAACUCGGUUCAAUUUUUAUGCAUUUUUAAAAGUGCAAUAUUUUUUUUUCCUAAAGAAACAAUAUAGUGUUUUACAGAAUCAGAGACUGAUGAGAAUCCAGGCAAAAGAGAAAGGUUGUCUGAGCUAUGUUGCAUUUAACAGAGGUAUGGGUACAUGGAGGUAGCACUGUAUAGAAGGGAAUGUUCUAUAUGCAUUACAUCAGGGAGCUAGGAAAGUCUUAAAGCUCUCUACAAUGUAGAAAACUCUGAAUGUAUUGUCUUUAUUUUAUAGUAUUUAUGUAUUUCAUGAUCAUUUGAUUGAAAGCAGACUGUGUAGCUAUGAACAGAGUUCAUUCCUAUGUUUAGAUUAAAAAGGGCUCUUUGUAUUUGGUCUUGCCCUAAGACCCACUCUAUCAUCACUGAGUACUUAGAUAAGUGCAAUGUGCUGCAGACCAAAAAGAUUAUGUUUUAAAGCAA